AUGGUCGUUGAUCAGCCGCAGCAUCGACGCCGAGCUUCUGGUUUCAGAAGAGUCCGUGAUACGCGCGAUCUUAGACCUUACGUAAAUCCUCAGCCUUCGGGCAGACGAAUGGAUGCUAGUGGGGUAUUUUUGUCGCCAUUGAGGCAAUUGACUACCAACAUCCUCGAUACGUAUCAUAUCUGCAACCCGCAGUUUAGAUACGAAUCUGCGCACAAUCCGCGGAGGGUGCUCACGAAGCCGAGUAAGCCGUCGCACAACGAAGGUUACGACAACGAGGAUUACGAUUAUAUUCUCUACGUCAAUGAUUGGCUGGGAAACGAGGAUGGUCACAAUCGAUAUCUCAUUCUGGAUAUUCUUGGUCAAGGAACCUUUGGUCAGGUGGUGAAAUGUCAGAACAUGAAGACCCACGAGAUCGUGGCAGUGAAAGUGGUAAAAAAUAAGCCUGCGUACUUCAACCAGAGUAUGAUGGAAGUCACGAUCCUAGAGCUGCUCAACAAUUCGUGCGAUCCACAUGAUGAGCAUCAUAUCUUGCGACUUCGCGACUCGUUCAUCCAUCGAAAUCAUCUAUGUCUUGUAUUUGAGCUGCUCUCCUCUAACCUCUAUGAGCUCAUCAAGCAAAACCAAUUCCAAGGACUGAGCACACAACUCGUGAAAGUGUUUACUGCUCAGUUGUUGGACGCUUUGACUGUGCUCAAGGAUGCACGCUUGAUUCAUUGUGACCUGAAACCAGAAAACAUUCUGCUUAAAUCGCUCCAAUCGCCCCAGAUCAAGGUCAUUGAUUUUGGCUCAGCGUGUCAUGAACGACAGACGGUGUACACGUAUAUCCAGUCGCGAUUUUACCGGUCGCCCGAAGUCAUCCUCGGAAUUCCUUACACGUCUUCGAUUGACAUGUGGUCAUUGGGUUGCAUUGCUGUGGAACUCUUUUUGGGGCUACCGCUCUUCCCCGGUACGAGUGAGUAUAAUCAGAUUACCCGGAUCGUAGAAAUGCUUGGGAUGCCCCCAACAUACAUGCUGGAUAUAGGAAAGCAGACGAAGCAGUUCUUCGACUCCUACGUGGAUGUGUAUGGCCAGAAGAAGUACCGCCUCAAAACCUUGGAGCAAUACUCCCGUGAGCACAACGCCAAGGAACAGCCCGGGAAGCAUUACUUCAAGGCCAACACGCUUCCGGAGAUCGUCAACACUGCCCCGAUGCCGACAUUCAAGUCAUCGUCUCGGCAGGGGCACGAGGUGGAAAAAGAAUUGAACAAUCGAGCGUCGUUCAUCGACUUCUGCCAAGGUCUACUCAACCUGAAUCCUAUAGAACGAUGGUCACCCCAGCAGGCUAGGAUGCACCCUUUUAUCACCGGCGAAAAGUUCACUAAGCCUUUCCAACCCAAUGGACACACCGCUGCUCAGAUUACACAAUUGUCGUCCGCGUCAGGCAAUGCAGACCCGAAGCGGCCAUACGGUGGUCUUGUUCCCCAGCAGCCGAAAGGCACCAGAGCAUUCCAGGAUGCAGCGUCAUACAACCAGCAGCUUGCUCAACAUCAAGCUUACACUGCGCAGGCGCAAGCCGCAUCUCAGGCGGCCAAUAGUGUAUUCCGCAACCCGUACAUCACGCAGCAGCAACCUGCUUCCCAGACACAGCAGUCCCAACAACAGCCGCCGCCGCCUCCACUGUCCUACCAGCCGUCUCAGGAAGCACCUGCAGCGUCGUCGUUUCCGGCUCAACAGCCGCAGCAGCACACCUUCUCAUCAUCCCAGUCUGGGCAGCUUAGUGGGCUCAACGCUUCUGGCGCUAGCUACCCGCAGGGGACGGGAAUCAGCGUGACUGGAAUGCUCAACCCAAACCCACCUGCUGCAUCGCACUACCCCCCACCCCAUGCGCGCGCACGGGCCAAUACUAUCAACCAUUCCGAUAUGAUCCCUCCUGCGCUGGCGCGGCUGCAGCACAUGAACCAAGAUGUGAUAGCCGGACGAAACGCAUUGACACCUGUGCUCAACCGGGAUGACGCUAUGCGCGAAUGGGAAAGGCGGCAAGCGGGCAAGCCGAGCGCGGCGCAGCCGUACCCUCAGCUCGAAUAUCUGCAGCAACAGGCUGAGCUUGCUGCUGCAAACGGCAUGUCUGGGUGGGGCGCAUCUACCCGUUACCCGCCGCCGCCUUCCAAGCUGUCACACUCGUACCAACCCACAAUUAUAGUGGACGAUGACAGAAGGGAGGCUGUCAUGUCGAAUGUCCGGACUGCUGCACGCAGCGAGACGAGUGCGAGCGGGUACAAUCCUGCCGCUAUGGUGACUAGUCCGACGCAGGCGUAUGCAGGGAACGCAGCUGGUACCGGUGCACGGUACCCCACAACAUUCCCUUCACAACAGCAGGCCGCGAACCCAUCUUUCGAUCCGCUGACUCAGCGGACAGAUAUCGGGGCGCUGUACGUUCCGAUGCAGCCUGAGCAAUAUCAGUCCUAUGGUGGAGGUGGUGCGGCUCAGGGAGCCAGUAUGUCGUCCUCAAGGCAAGGUCCUCAGACGUCGCAACCGGGUCCGCAAUCCUUCUAUGGUGCAGGUGUGGCUUCGGCCGUGCAAGCUCCGCCGCAGGCAGCUCAACGGAACCCGUUCAAUGCGAGUGACGCGCCGCAACAGCCAAAGGAGUCGAGAAGACUGAGCGGGAUGGAUAUUUGGUCGCGAUGA